AUGCUCAGAAUUGAUUACGAACCUGGAGAUUUGGACUGGGAGACCGAGUUGACUGAUGAUACUCUCUUGGAGCUCUCAGGUGACAAGUUGGAGGAGAAUAUGUGCAUGCUGCAAGCUGAAUGUACUGUUGAAGCAGACGUGCUUACCCAAACUACUGCAUUUGAGAAAAUUGCAGCAGGAGUCUCGAGUGCAGCAUGGAAAAAGGCCGAGAAAGACCAAGGCCUUGGAUACAAUGGCCAGUCGCAGCGAACACCGACAAUGAACUUGAAGAAGACCAUGGCAUAUCAGUAUGUUCUCCCACAGCAGGAACAAGUCGGAGCAGUGGCAAGUUGCCUGCAGUGCCACCACCCAAAUGACGGAAGCUCGAGAAUGGGCGUGUGUCAGCUGAUGCAGCUGAACGUGCUGCAGAAGCAAAUGGUUUUGCUGCUGCAUGGGGUGGACACCAGCUCCAUGGCUGGACACGCCAGUGCAUCAAUGACCGAAAACUCCAUGAAUCCAUCCACCAAGCUCCGUGCAUAUCUUCACUCGAAUAAAUGGUCGAUGAAUCCUGAAAAGCUUGCCAAAUUCACAAACAAUGAGAUGAUCACAAAAGAAGCAGACCUAUACCUGAAGAAUGUCGUCGAUGAUGAGAUGCCAAAUGCCCUCAAAAGAUAUAUCAAGUCGGAGCUUUUUCCUUGUAUUCAACUCAAAGUUGGCCAUGGCAUCUCGCUUAGCACAGCACGUUGUUGGCUUCACCGUGAAGGAUUUCAGUACAUGUCGCACAAGAAGGGAUUGUAUUUCGAUGGCCAUGACCGGCCCGACAUUGUGGAAUAUCGCCAGAAUGUGUUUCUGCCUGCAAUGAAGGAAUUUGAGCACUGUCUCAUCCAAUAUACCAUUGGCGAUGUGGAGAAAGAUUGUUCAACCACACAAUUAUGUUGA